AUGUGUGGUUGUUCAUUCGUCACUGUUGCAGUGGUCGUCAUGCUCGGCGUUUCAACUGUUCUCAUCACCGCACUGAUUCUUGUCUCGAGAGUUGCCACGUUCCGAGAUCAAUCAGUUGCAAUUCAAGGAAUUCUAAUGUGUGGCACCGAACCUGCCGCAAAUGUUCGCAUAAAACUUUGGGAUGAAGAUUCUGGUCCAGAUCCAGACGACCUUUUGGAUCAAGGCUACUCGACAGCUAAUGGAAGCUUCUAUCUUUCUGGCUGGACUACAGAAACUACACCAAUUGAUCCGGUUUUCAAAAUCUAUCACGAUUGUAAUGAUGAGAGAUUGCCGACACAUCGAAAAGUGAAAUUCGGAAUUCCCGACAGAUACAUAAGUGCUGGUCGCUUUCCAAACUCAACAAUGGACGCCGGAAUAAUCCAGUUGGAAUUUGAGUAUAUGAAAGAGGAGCGUGUACUUUUGAUUGAUUAG